GAGACCUAUCUCUCAUAUCCUGCGGAUCAUUCCACAAAACGUGCAAUUCUGAUUCUCACAGAUGUCAUUGGACAUCGCUUCAUCAAUGCGCAGCUGAUUGCUGACCAAUUUGCUGCAAAUGGGUAUUUCGUGGUCAUGCCCGAUCUGUUUCAUGGCGAUCCGAUCCCUUUGAACAGGCCUGCUGGGUUUGACUUUAAAGCCUGGCUCACUGGUCAUCUUCCUCCGGUUGUUGAUCCAGUAGUAGAUUCGGUUUUGAAUGAGAUGCGGGCCUGUCUGGGAUGUGAAAAAAUUGGAGCUGUGGGCUACUGUUUUGGAGCAAAAUAUGUUGUCCGUUUUCUGAAGCCAGCAGAGAAGAGAGUUGAUGUCGGCUAUGUUGCCCACCCCAGCUUCGUCGACACUGAAGAGCUGGCUGCUAUCCAGGGUCCCCUAUCAAUUUCUGCAGCAGAAACCGAUGCUAUAUUCCCGCCGAGAAACGUCAUGAGACCGAGGAUACACUUACUAAGACUGCCCAACCUUAUCAGAUCAAUCUUUUCAGUGGUGUUGAACACGGCUUCGCAGUCCGUGCAGAUCCCAGCAAACCAGUUCUGA